AUGUGAAAUGAUUUGUAUUACCCAUGAUGCUCGGUAGUUACGUCAGCAGUUUUGGCGGGUCAGACGAACACAACAGCGAACUGUUUCGGGUUUCCUUCAGGAUUUCUGCACCACAAAUUCUCACUUCUCAGGGAAAAGGGUGAUCUUUAGAUAUUUCCAAGGGAGGAACCUCUCCCCAUCCCGUAACCAUGGCGAUGCAGAUGGAGCGCCCCCAGGCUGUUGUGGAGGAGGAGGAGGAUGAGAACUUUGGACCCAUGCUGGUCAAAUCCCUGGAGCAACACGGCAUCAGCUCCAAUGAUGUGAAGAAGCUGGAAGAGGCUGGGUUCUACACGGUGGAGGCCGUGGCCUACGCACCCAAGAAACAGCUCAUCAACAUCAAGGGCAUCAGCGAGGCCAAGGCUGAUAAAAUUUUGGCGGAGGCGUGUAAGCUGGUUCCCAUGGGGUUCACCACGGCAACAGACUUCCACGCCCGGAGAUCUGAGAUGAUCUCCAUCACCACAGGCUCCAAGGAGCUGGACAAGCUGCUGCAAGGAGGAAUAGAGACAGGAUCUAUCACAGAGAUGUUUGGGGAGUUCCGUACAGGGAAGACACAGUUGUGCCACACACUCGCAGUCACGUGCCAGCUGCCAGUGGACCAGGGCGGAGGGGAGGGGAAGUGUUUGUACAUCGACACGGAGGGGACCUUCAGACCAGAGCGACUCAUCGCGGUGGCAGAAAGGUUUAACCUGUCAGGUCCGGAUGUGUUGGACAACGUUGCCUGUGCGCGUGCCUUCAACUCCGACCACCAGUCACAGCUGCUCAUGCAGGCCUCGGCCAUGAUGGCAGAGUCAAGAUACGCCUUGCUGAUCGUAGACAGUGCCACGGCACUUUAUCGUACAGACUACUCCGGUCGCGGUGAGCUGUCGGCCAGACAGAUGCACCUGGCGCGCUUCCUGAGGAUGCUGCUCAGGCUCGCUGAUGAGUUUGGUAUUUCCGUGGUGAUAACCAAUCAGGUGGUGGCUCAGGUGGACGGAGCGGCCAUGUUUGCUGCUGACCCAAAGAAGCCCAUCGGAGGAAACAUCAUGGCCCACGCCUCAACUACUAGGUUGUACCUAAGAAAAGGCAGAGGGGACACCAGAAUCUGCAAGAUUUACGACUCGCCGUGUCUUCCCGAGGCCGACGCCAUGUUCUCCAUUGGAAACGAAGGGAUAACGGACGCAAAGGACUAGAUUCCCUCAGAAAAUUUCCUUUAUUUAUCCCCCAGUGUAUAGCCUGGUAUCCAGACUCCCGAGUCUCUUCUGUCCUCUAUA